AUGGACACCGAUGACUCCAACAUCAUGGCCUCACACGAUGAGCGCCGGGCCAAGGACCAGCAGGUCGACAAUGCCAUCCGAGCGAUACAGCAAAAGAAGCCGCUGCCCGAGAUCGACUUUACCAUCCACACCAUGGAGGACGGGACCCAGGUCAGCACCAUGGAACGGGUUGUCAAAGACGUGCAAGCACCUGCCAUGUACAAGCCCACCGACGAGCAGUUCUUCGAGGACGAGUCUCACCAGAAGCCUAAUAUCCAGUUCCUCAAACAGCACUUCUACCGCGAGGGCCGCCUGACCGAGGAGCAAGCGCUAUGGAUCAUUAAGAAGGGUACAGAGCUCUUGCGCGCCGAGCCUAACCUGCUCGAGAUGGAUGCCCCGAUCACAGUGUGCGGCGACGUCCACGGCCAGUACUACGACUUGAUGAAGUUGUUCGAGGUCGGCGGCGACCCGGCCGAAACAAGGUACCUCUUCCUCGGCGACUAUGUCGACCGGGGCUACUUCAGCAUCGAGUGCGUGCUCUACCUGUGGGCUCUUAAGAUACACUAUCCCAAAACCCUCUGGCUGCUUCGGGGUAACCACGAGUGCCGUCACUUGACCGACUACUUCACCUUUAAGCUGGAGUGCAAGCACAAGUACUCGGAAGCCAUCUAUGAGGCCUGCAUGGAGUCGUUCUGUUGCCUGCCGCUGGCGGCGGUCAUGAACAAGCAGUUCUUGUGUAUCCACGGUGGGCUCAGUCCGGAGCUGCACACUCUCGAUGACCUGCGAAACAUUGACCGCUUCAGGGAACCACCAACCCAAGGGUUGAUGUGCGACAUUCUCUGGGCUGAUCCCCUGGAAGAUUUUGGCCAGGAGAAGACGACCGAUUUCUUCUUGCACAACCAUGUCCGCGGGUGUUCGUAUUUCUUCUCGUACCCGGCGGCUUGCCACUUCCUCGAGAAGAACAAUCUGCUGUCCAUUAUCCGCGCCCACGAGGCCCAAGAUGCUGGGUACCGCAUGUACCGUAAGACGCGUACCACGGGGUUCCCCAGUGUUAUGACCAUCUUCUCGGCCCCCAACUACCUGGACGUUUACAACAACAAGGCGGCCGUCCUCAAGUACGAGAACAACGUUAUGAAUAUCCGCCAAUUCAACUGCACCCCACACCCCUACUGGCUCCCCAACUUUAUGGACGUCUUCACAUGGUCCUUGCCGUUCGUCGGCGAGAAGAUCACCGACAUGCUGAUCGCCAUCCUCAGCACGUGCUCGGAAGAGGAGCUCAGGGAGGAUUCGUCGGCCACGUCCCCCGGCCCGGUCUCCCCCACCCUGCCCUCUGCCUCGAGCGCGGGCAGCCAGGACCCCGACUCGAUUGAGUACAAGCGGCGGGCCAUCAAGAACAAGAUCCUCGCCAUCGGCCGGCUGUCGCGCGUGUUUCAGGUGCUGCGCGAGGAGUCGGAACGGGUCACGGAGCUCAAGACGGUAUCGGGCGGCCGCCUGCCUGCCGGUACGCUCAUGCUCGGCGCCGAGGGCAUCAAGAACGCCAUCAGCACCUUUGAGGACGCGCGCAAGGUGGACCUGCAGAACGAGCGGCUGCCGCCCAGCCAUGAGGAGGUGCAGAAGCAGCAGGACGAGGAGCGCGCACAGGCGUUUGAGAGGGCUGCCCGCGAGGCGGAGCAGGACAAGAAGUUGCAGACGCUGUCGAGGCGGUUGAGCACUGAUCGAAAACGGUAA